GUCUUAUAGUAGUAUUUCUAACUCUUCACAUUCAAAAACUCUUUUCUCUCAUUCUCAUCUUUCAAAGCCUUUUAUUAUCUUUUUUCCUCUAUUCACAAACACCAUCUUCAUAGUAAAAACAGAAAGGGGGGUGUAGGGUGGUGUGGAUAGGAAAAAGAAGAAGAAAAAAGUGUAGUAGUAGUGAAGAAGAAGAAGAAAAGUAGAUAGUUUCAAUUAGGGGGGGGUGGUUAGGGGGGGUGGGAUUAGAAAAGUGAUGCGCUCAGGAGUUUCUACAUUGCAACAGACACUAACAGCCGAGGCUGCUUCAAUCUUGAAGCACUCUCUAGGCUUAGCUAGAAGAAGAGGACAUGCUCAACUAACUCCUCUUCAUGUUGCUGCAACUUUAUUCACUUCUUCUUCUACUUUAAGACAUGCUUGUCUCAAAUCUCAACAACAAAACUCUUCUUCUUCUUCUUCUUCACAUAUUCUUCAAUGUAGAGCUCUUGAACUUUGUUUCAAUGUUGCUCUCAAUAGACUUCCAACAACAACAACAACACCUUUAAUUCAUCAACCUUCUCUUUCUAAUGCACUCAUUGCUGCUCUUAAAAGAGCACAAGCUCAUCAAAGAAGAGGUUGCAUUGAACAAAACCAUCAACAACAACAGCAACCACUUUUGAGUGUUAAAGUUGAUCUUCAUCAGCUUGUUAUUUCUAUUCUUGAUGACCCUUCUGUUAGUAGAGUUAUGAGAGAAGCUGGUUUUUCAAGUACUUGUGUUAAAAAUAAUUUGCAACAACAGUCUUCAACAAACCCUUCUUCUAUUUUCACUUCUUCUUCUUCUUCUUCUUCACUUUCUCUUGGUGAUAAUCAUAUAGAAAUUGACCCUUUUGGUCACUUUAGACAGAACAUUAAUCAAAAUCAUUUCUUGAGUUCUUAUGGAAGUUAUGGUAAUUAUGGUUCUGUUCUGUUUUCACCUCAGAAGAAACCAGCAUCUGUGUUUCCUUUACAAUCUUCUAAGGAAGAUGUGAAACUUGUUUUUGAUGUUUUUUUGAGGAAGAACAAAAAAAGGAACACUGUGAUAGUUGCUGAUUCAGUUUCAUUAACUGAAGGACUAGUUGGUGAGUUGAUGGGAAAAUUUGAGAGAGGUGAAGUUCCUGAUGAGUUGAAAACAACUCAUUUCAUAAAGUUUCAGCUUGUUUCAUUGAGGUUUAUGAAAAGGGAAGAACUUGAAAUCAAUCUAGUUUCAUUGAAAAGAAAGAUUGAUUCUUUUGCAUUAGGAGGUGUUGUUUUAUAUGUUGGUGAUUUGAAGUGGAUAGUGGAUGGAAUUUUGAAUGAGAAAGAGGGUGAAGAAGUUUGUGAUUAUUAUAACCAUGUUGAUCAUAUAGUAGAAGAAAUUGGAAAGUUGUUUUGUGAAAAAGAGAAUGUAAACAAUAGUAAGUUGUGGCUUGUUGCAACAUCAAGUUAUCAAACUUAUAUGAAGUGUCAAAUGAGGAUACCAUCUCUUGAGAAUCAAUGGGGGCUUCAAGCUGUUCCUGUUCCAUCAGGUGGACUUGGUCUGAGUCUUCAUGCUUCAAGUGUGCAUGAUUCAAAAAUGAGUAUGUCAUAUCCUAUAAUGGAAUCAAAGCUCUUUAGUAACAUGGAGGAGAAUGAUAAGUUAAAUUGUUGUGAAGAAUGUAUCAUCAAUUAUGAAAAAGAAGCUGAAUUGUUCAAACCAGGACAGAAGAAUCUGUUGCCUUCAUGGCUUCAGUCUCAUUCUACAGAAGCUCAUCAAAAGGAUGAAUUAAUCCAGUUGAAGAAAAAGUGGAACAGAUUAUGCCAAUGUCUCCACCAAAACAAACAACCACAAAACCAUUGGAGCAACAACACUUUACAUAUCAAUCAGAGUUCAAAUGCAAAGAUCUAUCCUUACAAUUCAUCAUACCCUUGGUGGCCAAACCAAACUAAAAGUUCAAUAUCUUUUGCUGAUUCUGCAGCCAAACCAGCUUAUAGCUCAAACAUUAUACCUCGAUUCAGGCACCAACAAUCAUGCACAACAAUUGAGUUCAAUUUCAACAAUGAUGCAACACAGAAAAAGCAAACAACAACAGCCUUGGAUUCUCUUAAAGAAGUAAAGAUAACUCUUGGUCUUGGAAAUUCAACAUUCAAUGGUUCGGAGCGAAAAAAGGUGGCGAGUUUAAUCGAUGAUACAACACUGCAAAGGGAUUAUAUUUGUAAACUGUUGCAGGAGAAUGUUCCAUGGCAAUGUGAAACAGUUAGUGCAAUAGGAGAAGCUUUGGUUGAUUCAAAAUCAUCAAAGGAAAGUGUUAGUUGGUUUUUUUUUAAGGGGAGUGAUAGUGUUGGGAAGAAAAGGUUGGCACUUUCCAUUGCAGAAUCAGUUUUUGGAUCACUUGAUGUGUUUUUUCAGUUUGAUAUGUUGAAGAGAGAGAAUUCAGAGACACCCUUUUGUGAAAUGGUUUCUGGAGUGUUGAAGAAUCAUGAAAAGUUUGUUCUUUUGGUUGAAAAUGUUGAUUUUGGUGAUACCCUUUUAAGGAAAUUGGUUGCAGAUGGAUUUGAGAAUGCAAAGUUUGGAACUUUAGGCCAAGGAAUAAUCAUAUUGACCAAUGGUGAAGAUCAGAAAAAUGAAUCAGUGAUGAAGUUGGUUUUGCAGAUAAGUGAAAAUGAAAAUAAACCAACUUUGGAGUUAUCAUCAUCACCUUGUUUGGGAAACAAAAGAAGGGCUGAACUUGAUUUAUUUGGCAAGAUAAUGAAAAAUCCAAGGAUUGAAGAGAAUGAAGAGGGUGUUCUGGUUUGUGCAAAAGGGAACAAAAAGAGAGAAUUUUCAAGACAAUCAAGUUUUAACAACACACUUGACUUGAACAUGGAAGCUGAUGAAGAAGAUGAAGAUGAUGAGGGGCAAAAUAGUCCAAUUUCAAGUGAUUUGACAAGAGAAACAGUAGUUGAACCAUUGAUCUCAAAUGAGUCACUUGAUUCAAUUGAGAAUUUCUUUGAGUUCAAUGGAAGUCCAAUAAAGGAUAAGGAAGUCAAAGAAGUUUUUAAGUCAAGGGUAAAAGAGUCAUUUGAGGAGGUUUUUGGGAAAAAUUGUGUGGGGAAAUUUAGUGUACAAGAUAAGGUGAUAGAGGAAAUAGGUGUUGGGUGUGGUUCAUUUACUAACAAAAUGUUUGAGAAAUGGCUAAAAGACAUUUUUCAAAAGAGUUUAGAGGGUGUUAUUAGCAAUGGAUGGGGGAAAGGGGGUAUAGUUUUUACACUUUGUUGGGAUGGUAAAGAGGAUAGAAAAUGGGAUAGUGGGUUUAUGGGUUCAUGUUUACCCAAAAAUAUCCAAGUUGUUAACAAUUUCAUGGAUUGAUAUCAUAUCACUGACUUUGGUUAGGAGUGGGGGUUGGAGAAUAUGUAAAAUGGAAGUAAAAUAGGUACUUUUGUGUAACUGCUAAUUUUCAUCAUAUAAUGUGUUUGUUUUUCUAAUUUUUUUUAA